AUGCCUCGGUACGAAAGAGUAAAUGACACAGAGGAUAACGAUUUACCAUCCAAUCCACCUAAUUAUGACGAUCUCGAAAUUGGGCAUUCAGAAGAAGAAAGUGAUUCUGAACAUCAAGUGCUUUUAAACGGUUCAUCUAAUAAUGAAAAUAAUGAUAUCAAUAAUACUACUGGUGUGAAUUUGAAUAAUAGUGGUAGCCUUGAAGCGGGAGUUCCUCCACUCAUGAUGGAUUAUGAAGAAGAAGAUGGAGAGGAAGCAGAAGAAGAAACAUACGACUUAAGGAGACGAAAACUGCUAGACUUUUGCUCAAAGAUAAAAAAAAUGAGUUAUAAGUUUUAUACUAAUCUACUUAUUCCGAUCCAUGAAACUACAGUGUGUCCGUUGAUUGUGUUUUAUGGUGUUUUAAGUAGAAAGAUCGACUUUUAUUUAUCGAAAUUGGGAAAUCCAUUAAUAAUGAGAAGGUUUGUUUACGUUGUGUUAAUGAGUGUGAUUGCUUAUAUUGUAACCAUAAUAGGUUUAAAUAAGACUGAUUCUGGUAUCAACGGAAUGUUUUCUGAUCAGGAUGAACUUUUGCAUUAUGCUAAGAGGUGUGUUGAUUUGGCCAAGUUUGAGCAGGAUUUGGAAUAUUUGAGUAGCAUGCCUCAUAUAGCCGGUACAAAGGGUGAUUUAGCUAUUGCGGACUAUGUCUAUGAAUCAUUCAGCAAUAAUGGUAUUAAAUCGGUUUAUAAAACAUCAUACCAAUCAUAUUUGAAUUAUGCAAGUAAUGCUUCGUUAGUUUUGAAACCAAGAGCUGGUGGUGAGUUUAAAAUAGAUUUAAGUGAACUAAAUUUUAAUCCUUUAUCUACAAAUGGUAAGCAACAUGAUGCUACGUUAAUAUAUGGUGGGUAUGGUACUUGGAGUGACUAUGAAAAAUUGCAUAACAAUAUGAGUAUCGACUUUUUCCAAGUUAUUAUGGUUUUGAAAUAUGGGGAUUUGGUCAGCGAACAAAUACUCAUUGCGCAAUCCCACGGUGUCCAGGGUAUAAUAUUUAUAAGUGAUGGAGAGGAUGAUGAUGAUGACAAUAUUCAAAUGAAAGGUGUAGGAUUACCUCAAUUUGGCACUGGUGAUCCGCUAACUCCUGGGUGGUCAUCGAACCUACCCAAUAGAAUUGAUUUAGAUAAAUCCCUAUUAGUACCUAAAAUUCCUACCAUUCCUUUGUCUAGAAAACAAGCGGUUAUCUUAAAAGAUAUGUUGGAAGAUAUAGGUGAAGAAUGGGACGACGGCUGGUUUACUGGUGAUAGCCAUGCUAUAUUAGUUGAUAUGGAAGUCGAAACAGAGGCUGAUGCCUUCCAUCCUAGUUGGGAUAUAAUGGCUAAAAUAGACGGUAAAGAGCAAAACGACAAGGCCAUAAUAAUAGGUGCUGCAAGAGAUUCCGCAUGUAAUGGUGCCCUUUAUCCUAAUUUCUCAACUGCAGUUUUAAUGUCUCUGGUGCAGUUAUUUCAACAAAUCAAAUACAAAUACAAUUGGAAGCCUUUAAGAAAUAUAUAUUUUAUAUCAUACGAUGCAUCUUAUUAUAACUAUGCUGGCUCCACUGAGCUGUUGGAAGAUCAAUUGGGUAGGAUUAAACAUGAAAUUUACACAUACAUUGAUAUUUCACAAUUAGGUAUUGGCAUUAAUGAAUUGAAUAUCCAGUGUAAUCCUAUGUUGACUGAUUUCUUUGCAAAAUUAAAUGACAAGUUUGAUUUCCACAUUAAAACUGAAAAUGUGCAUCAAUAUGGAAAUUGGAUUCCAUAUAUGUCAAAUGGGAUACCCGUAGUGAUUUUAGCAUCACCUGAAAACAAAAAGGGAGAGACUCCUUUGGAUAGUUGUUCCGAUACCUGGAAAAAUUUAAGAGAAGUAUUGUACAAGGAAUAUAAAGAUGGGAAAGGUUGGGAUAGAACUUCAAGAUUGAUACUAUACACAUUGGAGGUAGUAUUAAAAUUUGUUGAUGAUCCAAUAAUUCCAUUUAAUUUUGCCACUUUUGUUGACAAUUUGAAAGACAUAUUUGAAGAUUUAAGAUCCCAGAUAUCAGAAAUCAACGAUGAGAACGUUUCAAAACUAGAUCUAAGGUCCAUAGAAUCAUCUUUGGCCACUUGGCAUAGUAUUGUCAAAGAAUGGGAAAAGGUUUUAGAUAUGUGGGGUCAAGUUGUUAUCGAAGAGGGGCAAAAUGUUGAACCUAAUUUGAUUUCUGUUCAUAGGUGGUCUUGGAAUAGAAAAUUAGCGUUGACACCUACAAAGCAGAUUGACGCUGGCGGAUUACCAGGGUUAAGAAAAUUCUACAAAAAUGUUUUAUUUGGACCAACAUUAUGGACAAUAACCGACGGAGAACAUGAUUCUUGGUCAUUCCCUGGCGUAAGAGAUGCAAUACACGAUAAGGAUUGGAAUAGGGCACAAGAACAAAUUAAUGCUGUUAGCAAUGCCUUAGAGCAGUCUGCAAAAUUUUUCAGAGAUGAGAGCUUUACUGAUGUGUAA